UCCGUGUACCCCCGCCCCCAACCCCUUACGAGGACCCCCCCUCCAGAUUCGCACGGGACUUAAGGCUAACGGUGAUAGCCGCUGGCAGAUGCUGGUUUGGCCGUUAUCCCUGGACCUGCUGCUAACGGUGGAGCAGGAGGAAGAUAACUUCUUGUUUCUAACGGCUUUUCUUCCGCAGCUCCUCGUUAGUCCCUGCGUGCUGUGAUUCGGCCGAAGAACCCACGCCACAGUGAUUUAUCGUCCUCUCGCUGUGAGAGCAGGAUUCUCCAGCGGAACAAAAAGGCCAACCCCUCAGCCCCCAAAGAUCCAAAACUUCUUCAGUGCCAUUAAAAAAGUGCAAGCGAAUUGAUGACAAACCUGCUGUCACACCCCAGAGGUUGAAGGAGGAACUGCACUGCAGGAAGUCGUCAUUGAACUUCAGUGCGGAAGUGAUCGUCAUCGUAAGAGCUUGUGAGUUGGAGGCUGAACUGAGAAAUGUGAGGAAACGGCCGCAGCUUUGGCAAAAGAACAACUUGUGCUUCGGAUGUUUGAAUGAAAAAAGGUGUCUCCACUAACGAUCGUUUGAAACCUAAAAAUGUCGUGGAUACGAGAAGGUGAAUUAAAUCUGUUGGAAAAGAUUUCUGCUAACAUACUCAUGGCAGGACCGAUGCCCAAACACGUGGCCUUCAUUAUGGAUGGUAAUCGACGUUUUGCACGAAAGAAAAACCUGGAACGCCAUGAUGGCCAUAUGCAGGGAUUCAACAAGCUGGCAGAGACCUUACGUUGGUGCAAACACCUCAAUAUCCCAGAAGUGACAGUGUACGCAUUCAGCAUUGAGAACUUCAAACGCUCUAAAGAGGAGGUGGAUGGGCUGCUGGAUCUUGCCAGACAGAAGUUCGAGAGGCUGUUGGAAGAACAAGAAAAUCUGGAAAAACACGGUGUUUGUAUCCGGGUGCUGGGUGACUUGAAUAUGCUGCCGUUAGACCUUCAACAAGUUAUUGCCAAAGCUGUGGUAAUGACAAAGAACAACAAUAAAUGUUUUCUCAACGUGUGCUUUGCCUAUACAUCAAGAUAUGAAAUCACAAAUGCGGUCAGGGAAAUGGCUUGGGGAGUGGAGCAGGGUCUGAUCAAAGCAAGCGAUGUUUCGGAGGCAUUGCUAAGUGAGUGCCUGUAUAGCAAUAACUCUCCCAAUCCCGAUUUGCUCAUCCGCACCUCAGGAGAGGUGCGCCUCAGCGACUUCCUCCUGUGGCAGACAUCCCAUUCCUGCCUAGUGUUUCAGUCGGUUCUGUGGCCAGAAUACUCCUUCUGGAACCUGUGUGAAGCUAUAGUCCAGUACCAGUUAAAUCAUAAAUCCAUCCAGAAAGCCAGAGAUCUCCAUCGAGAGGAACAGGCCCUCCAGCAGCUGGAGGCAGAUUGUGCCUGCAUAGCAGAACACCUGCAGCAUCAGGGGAACGGAAAGCCAGCUGAUGCCCAAAGAAGACAAGAGGCACUGCAGCACUACACUGUUGCCCGGGAAGAACGAGUUCAGGACUUCCUGCAAGCACUGAAGCACAAGAGAGACACUUUCUUUACUAGCAUAUGCAGUGAAACCGUCCUAACCUAGGAAAGUUUUAAGGAACUAAUCUACAGGUGUAGUAGGAAUAAAACACCUCCAGACGUUUUCCCAAAACACUUCCGAGGACCAAGGAAGCGCACAUAGCGAUUGGAGGUGGAUUUAUGUUGUUGCUGAUUUGUAUAAAACAAGAGGACAAUGUUUACCCCUAUGGGGCUGUAGACUAAUGUUAUAUAUUUAUGAUUGUAGAUUUGCAAAAAUCUAACAUGCAGAAAUGUCUGGUCAAGAUGUAGUAAAAUAGUUGUGCAAACUGUCUGUGAAAUGCAUGUCGUUGAUUGAAAGUCAAAGGUGAGUGAAAGCCACAGUUCUCUCCAGCACCUAAUGCAGUUCGGUAUUUUUGUUGCUGAAAGUGAUGUCGAGUGUGUUUUUUAAAGACAACUAUAUUUUGACCAGCUUUCUCAAUCAAUAAAUUGAGAACUAUAU